UCAACAUGAGAGCUCCGGAAUUAACAGAAGAGCUCAAAAACGACCUGAAGGCACUUAAGAUGCGCUCCGCUAUGGACCCAAAGCGCUUCUACAAGAAGAAUGACAGAGAAGGACCUCCCAAGUACUUUCAGGUUGGUACAGUGGUUGACAACCCAGUAGACUUUUAUAGUUCAAGAAUCCCUAAGAAACAAAGGAAAAGGACCAUGGUGGAGGAGCUGCUUGCAGAUGCAGAGUUUAGAAGCUAUAACAAAAAGAAAUAUCAAGAGAUCAUGGCAGAAAAAGCAGCACAGGCCGCUGGCAAGAUGAACAAAAAGCACAAGUUUCAUAAAAAGAAAAUUAAUUUAUAAUUUCAUAAGAUUAAUCAGUUUUUUUGUCCUCUUUCCUGAACAAGAAUUGUAUAGCCUUUGUAAAUAUAAGGCAACUAUAUUUUUAUUUUCAGUGGAUUAUUGAACAACCGUUUUUAGUGUUAUAAUCAUAUGCAUUGCAUGUAAAAAAGAAACACAUGCAGAUUGUACAGAGACAAUGAUUUUAGAGAUUGUCUGACUGAUUACACCUCUGUGGAUUCAUAAUUAAUCAAGUCCAAAGAAAGCGUACUGUAGUAAAUACUGUAAAUAACAUCUUGUCAAACUCUCA